UGGAAGAAGAGGAAUCACACUAAAUCUUUGCAGUGGACAUGAGUCUUCUAUUGGACAGUGUAGCAUCAUGAUCAGCGGAGAACCUGGUGUCUGUGAUGGUGGAUAUUAUCAUCAUGUGACCUGUUCAGAGUCUGUGCGGCUUGUGGAUGGAGCUGGUCUCUGCUCUGGGAGAGUGGAGGUGAAGUCCAAUCAGUCCUGGGCCUCAGUGUGUGAAGCUGACUUUGACCGGCAGGAUGCAGAGGUAGUCUGUGGGGAGCUUGGCUGUGGUGCUCCUGCAGCUCUACAGGGGGGGCUCUAUGGAGGAGGUGAGGGUCAGACCUGGGAUAAAGAGUUCCAGUGUAAAGGCAAAGAGUCCCUUCUCCUGGACUGUGACACCUCAGACAGAGAAAACAACACCUGCCUACCUGGUAAUGCUGUUGGACUCACCUGCUCAGAGCCUGAUGAUGUGAGGCUGGUGGGAGGAGGCAGUCGCUGUGCUGGUGGAGUGGAGCAGUACGACCAGGGAGAGUGGAGGACUGUGGGAACUGAGGACUGGAACGAGGAGAAUGUAGCUGCAGUAGUGUGUAGACAGCUGGGAUGUGGCUCUACUGUUUCAGAACUACCAGGAAACACCACUGGAGGGUUUAUAGUUUACUGUUCUGGGUCUGAAUCUUCACUGAGGGAGUGUAGAAGAAGUUAUGGUCUCCUUCCUGGACUCACAGUGAUCUGCUCAGGUAAUAAAAUUAUAUUAUAUUUAUAUUCAACUGAUUUCCUUCAUUCAUACAACUUCCUCUGCACCUCUCAUGAUGACUGUUUAACUUGUCAGUCUGCUUUGCAAAGUAGAUCACUCAGUCAAGUAGGAAUGAAAUACAAUUUAAAUAUCCCAGAAUGCUUUUGUAUUUGAGUGUUAUCUCAGUGAACGUCUCUACUCACUACCACUGUCACAUGUCAUGUUAUUGUCAUAUCUAAAUGAGGAAAGUAGUUGAGGAGCUACGUUUUCUUUUUCUCUCCUCUUGUUCCAGAUGUCCUGCUUAAGCCUGAUAUCAACAUAUGUUGUCUCAGUGACUGUAGGCCCACUACUCAUGUUGCCCUGUGAGGGAGGGUGGCUGGCACUGUUACAUGCUGAUGUUAUUGUCAUAUCUAUAGGAAACUAGUUGAAGAGGUUUUUCUUCUUCUCUUUUAUUGUUACAGAUCUCCUGGUCCAGCCUGAUAUCUCCCUGACUGACUCAAUAGGAGGGGUCUCCAGGGGCCACCAGGGGCCCGAGAUGUUCAGGGGCUACAGCUUCACCAUCACCUGCUCCACUCAGCCACAGUACCCAGGAGGCUCCUUCCUCCUCACGUUCACCGGCUCCAACAGAACCCAGACCCAGCCAGCUGUCAAUCACUCUGCUGCCUUCCUCUUCCCUGCUGCAGAUGACUCCCACCAAGGGAACUACAGCUGUGUUUAUGACAAUUAUGUUUUCUCUCAUAACUUCUCCUCUGAGAGUGAGCUCCUCUCCCUCACCAUCACAGGUAACUGAACAUGAACCAGACUUAUAACUUUGUCAUUGACAGAUUUCCCACAGAUCUAUGUGAUGAUGAUCAGUCCCCUCAUCAAAGGUGUUUCUGUUUGCAGCCUCUCCUCUGCCAGCCUUCAUCAUCAGACACGUUGUAGUGCUGCUGCUCCUACUGACAGCCAUCACCACCUCCUACCUGUACUACAAGGUAAAGACAUUUACUCAGACGUUACAAGUCAUUUAAACUAGAGGG